AUGGCAUCAACAAUUCCCGAACUACCUACUUUCAACCUCAGCCCGUCCACACUCUUGGAUAUUGCGACGGACUUGGUCAACCAAAUUCAACAGGCUGCGAAUGACCUGGUCAACAAUGUUUCGCCAGAAAACGCGAAAUUUGAGAACGCGCUUCGCCCACUGGCAGAUAUUGACAACGAGGUCAAAGGGAAGGUCCAAUACCUAGCCCUUUUCCAGGCAGUUUCUCCUUCGCCAGGAAUGCGCAAGGCAUCCUCAACGGCUGUGAGUAUGGUAGAUAAGGCAUAUUGGGCUGUCUUUCAAAUACCGCCUCUUUUUGCCUUGGUAAACGCUGUUUAUCAAAAGCACGCCGAGGAGGAUAACGACGCCGACGAGAAUGCAAAGAGUGAAGAUCAAAAGCUUCUCGAAAGAUUUCACUCAAUGUUCAUGGAAAAUGGGCUUGAACUAGAAGAGGAUAAGCGCCACCGAUUCCUUUGGAUCUCAAAUCGUCUAAUUGAGCUACGAGUUGCAUUCAUGGAGAAUCUUAGCUCUGACCCUGGCUAUGUAUGGAAAGACCACAAUGAGCUAAAGGGGAUAGCCGCAGAAUCCUUGCAAGCAUUACCUAUGCAUUCUUCGACUAGCCAAAGGGGUAUCAAGCUUAAGAAGCCAAAUAUCCCUAUGGUAUUGACUCAGUGUCACAUCGCUGAGACACGAAAAGAGGUAUUUCUUCUGAGCCAAAAUAUCUUUCCAGAUAAUCUUAAGAUAUUCAACGAGGCAGUUAUCCUUCGGGAUGAAUCGGCUCGUUUACUUGGAUUUUCAUCUUAUGCAGCCCAGAAGUCGAGACACAAGAUGAUUACAUCCCCCCACGAUGUUGAUCAGUUGCUGAAUGAACUUUACGAUCACUUGCAGCCCCUUGCGCAGAAGGAGUUAGAAACGUUACAACACCUCAAAAGGGGAGAUAGAGAAGAUGGAGACCAUUCUUCCUCUUCUCUUUAUUUAUGGGAUUUUGACUACUACCAUGACCGUUUGCUACGAGAAAAGUACAAUACCAAUCAUGAGCUGAUCGCGGAGUACUUUCCCGCAGAGGUUACAGUUCGACGAAUGCUGAAGGUCUUUGAAACAAUUUUCAGCCUAUCAAUCACACCAGUUGAAGUGAAUAAGGAGCAAGUUUGGCAUUCCGACGUCCAAGUCUUUAGUGUGCGGGAUGAACAGUCGGCUUUUUUGGGAUUUCUUUACCUUGAUAUCUACCCUCGAGAGGGCAAGUAUAACCAUGCAGCCAAUUUCAACAUCUAUCCUACUUACUCCUCCGAGGGAAAGCCGAAGCAGCCCGUUGCCACCGCAUUAGUAUGUAAUGUCUCACGACCAUCGUUAGACAAGCCGGCUCUUCUACAGCAUCGAGAAUUAAUUACGAUUUUUCAUGAGUUAGGUCACGGCAUGCAUGAUCUCCUCGGAAGAUCCAAGUAUGCGAUUUUCCACGGACAUCGAACAGUUGCAGAUUUCGUUGAAGCUCCCAGCCAACUGCUUGAAUAUUGGUGUUGGGUACCUGAAUGUCUCCAGAUGCUUAGUUGCCACUAUUCCUACGUCUCCGAUAAAAAGUGGUCUUCUACUAUUGCGCAGCCUCCUAAGGAGAUUCCAGACAAUUUGGUCCACAGCCUUAUUGCAGCUAAAGGGGUUAACCAAGGGAUUCUCACUCUCAGGCAACUUGCAUUCAGCAAAUUCGACAUGCAAAUCCACUGCCCUAGUUCCCACGAUCUCAUUCAGUCAAUGCGUACUGGCGAGGUUUAUAACUCGUUCCUGCAGAAAAUGACACUUCUACAGGGCCCUGAGAAUCGGGUAGACUGGGGGAAUGGACAUGUUACUACUUCACACUAUAUGUGGGGUCAGGAGUCAAACUAUUAUUCCUAUCUUUACACCCGUAUAUUGGCGGCUGACAUGUGGCUUUCCAAUUUCCAUUCGAAUCCAAUGAGCCAUGAUGCUGGUCUCCGAUACCGACAAAUGAUACUUACACCUGGAGGAAGUCAAAAUGAGAUGAUGGCACUCGAGGCAUUCUUGGGGAGGUCGCCCACGCUUGACGCAUACCUUCGAGAUCUCGGGGCUCGAAAAUAA